AUGUUGCUGCAACAGCUAGCAAGAAAGCAAGAAGAAUUGGAUAAAGCUCAGAAGCAACUAAAAGAGAAGGACGAAAAGCUGCGGUUGAAGGAGAGUCAAGUGGCAGAUCUACAAAAGCUGCUCAAGCAAAGAGAUCCAGAGACAAAGACCAAGACUGGUCUCCUAGCAACAGAUACACCUCCUUCCAAACAACCCGCACCUUUUCCAAGAAAGAACCAAGUACCAGCUCUACCACCACACCCUCUACCCCUGCACACACCAUACGAGACUGUUAAUCUACAACCUACAGCUAAACCAAGAAAGAGCAUUCCUGGCCACACAAUGACGUGCACACCUGCACCCUCCCCACCUGAACUAUCACCACCUGCACAACAACCAGCACAGCUAAAGGUUCAAUGCCUCCAUAAGGGCAAGAGACCACCUUGUUCCAUGCACAGAGGAUCCAAACUCUGGACUAGUCGUACUUAAAGAUCAUGAACCGACUGCAGUGUCAACCAAUAUCACAACCACCACUGCACUCUGUGCCACAUACAUCUAUAUGGAGAUAUCUCCCCACUCUACCUCAGAAGGAUUCGACAGCAGCCACUCUCUGUGGAGAGCUGGUAGUCGAUUGGUGGAGGGUUUGGAGAGUCACCAGUCAACUUUAUUCACCAGAUAGUGGGCCACAAGUGGGUGGAGAUUGGUUGUUUGGCUAUUGGGAGGAGGAGGUGUUUGGUAGCCAAUGAAUCGCCCGAGAAGAUAUUCAUAGUUGGAGGGAAUAUCAGAACAGAGUGUUGAAGAAUGUGCUGUUAUCGAUGCAACUGCUUUCAUGUAGGUGAUUUAGGAGUAUGUGCAUAAUAGCUAGAAGUUAGAAUCUUUCAUAAUUAUUUAUGUAACACAAGGGGUAUUUUUUCAAGCAAGUGUUGAAUGCGCAGUUUAACACGAGUAUGUAAAAGCAUUACGGUAUACACAAUGCCCAGUGCAAGUGAAGCAAAUGCCUGUCAGUAACAUUCGCACAAUAUCAGUAAU